AUGUACCGCAAGUCAAUUGCUAGAUUCUUCUACCAGGCUGUAAUAAGGACAUUUCACCGGGGCAAACACAGGCGGACAAAACAGGCAGACAGGCAGGCAGACAGACAGAACUGGCAGGUAUGCAGGCAGGCAGGCAGACAGACAGAACAGGCAGGCAGGCAGACAGACAGAACUGGCAGGUAUGCAGGCAGGCAGGCAGAACACGCAGACAGACAGAACUGGCAGGCAGGCAGGCAGGCAGAGAGACAGACAGAACUGGAAGGCAGGCAGAUAUACAGAACAGGCAGGCAGGCAGGCAGAACACGCAGACAGACAGAACUGGCAGGCAGGCAGACAGACAGAACACGCAGACAGACAGAACGCGCAGAAACACAGAACAGGCAGGCAGGCAGACAAAACACGCAGACAGACAGAACACGCAGACAUACAGAACAGGCAGGCAGGCAGGCAGAACACGCAGACAGACAGAAAUGGCAGGCAGGCAGACAGACAGAACAUGCAGGCAGACAGACAGAACACGCAGGCAGACAGAAAUGGCAGGCAGGCAGACAGACAGAACAGGCAGACAGACAGAACCGGUAG